AUGGCAGCAUCGAUUAGCUACCACAACCGCAAGUUCCGGUCGGUCACCAAUAGCGAGACUGGAGAAGUAGGUCAAGAGACCAUCUUUCAUUAUCAGCAGACCGAAGAUCUGGUGACGGCCAACUACGCCGGCGGCGACAUACGACAGGGAAUGCUGAUCGCCAAGGCAGACCCUUCAGGCCACCUGGAUAUGCGCUACCAGCACCUCAACCAGCAAGGCACUCUGAUGACCGGCAUGUGCAAGACUGUGCCCGAGGUGCUACCCGACGGCCGCUUGCGCCUGCACGAAACCUGGCAAUGGACUAGCGGCGAUCAUUCGAAAGGUCAAUCAAUCGUCGAAGAGGUACCAAAGACAAGCCAAUGA